AUGUUUGCCGUGUGGUUCUCGACGGACUCAGAUUGUCAAUUGAACCGCGCGGACCUAUUGCCGGGCGGGUGCGCGAAGACGCUGUCCGCGCUAGACACGAUGCGCGUGCAGCAUUAUGUCUUCCCGGGCAAGGGAACCAGUAGUACCAGCGACGCAACUACCGGAGCAAAGGUGGACUGUCCGUCGCGGAGUCACUUCAUCUCCGAGAAGUACGCUGUUUACACGAACGCACGGGAGGACGUCGACGAUCCCCGUGGUAUAUUAGACUCGAGCGAGGACCCCCGGUGUCAGCCCACUACGGGCGGGGAGUGCAACGCUUGGAACUUCGGGGGUCUGCGCUCGCGUUUCAUGGGACUCGGCUGGCUAGAGAACCUCUCCAUUCGUCCGC